CUGACACGCUGAUAGAGGCACAUUUGGACGUAAUUCCCUGAGGACGGUGUGGGUGACACCUAAUCAAACCAGGCACGAUGAAGCACUUCCUGCGAAUGUUGUUCCAGGUAUGCCUGUAUUUUUACUGUAAAUUUCUGUGGCGUUGCCUAAAAUUUGUAAUGAGGAAGCUGACUGGAAGAUGUGAAUUGCAACGGAUCUGUUACAGUACCAAGCCUGGGGCUUCUAGAACCAUGAAAAUCGAAACAUCACUGCGGGAUUCAAAAAGUAAGCUGCUGCAGACAUCCGUGAGUGUUCACCCCGAUGCUAUUGAAAAAACUAUAGAAGACAUCAUGGAACUGAAAAAAAUUAACCCCGACAUAAACCCACAGUUGGGGAUCUCUCUUCAGGCUUGCCUCCUGCAAAUUGUUGGCUACAGAAACCUUAUUGCAGAUGUGGAAAAACUGCGCAGAGAACCCUAUGAUUCUGAUAACCCCCAACAUGAAGAAAUGCUGUUGAAGUUAUGGAAAUUCUUGAAGCCUAAUACCCCGCUGGAAUCUCGGAUUUCUAAGCAGUGGUGUGAAAUUGGUUUCCAAGGAGAUGAUCCUAAAACAGAUUUCCGAGGAAUGGGACUUCUGGGCCUAUACAAUUUGCAGUACUUUGCGGAAAGAGACGCUGCGGCAGCCCAGCAAGUCCUCUCUGACUCUCUUCAUCCAAAAUGCAGGGAUAUCACUAAAGAGGAAACAAGCAAAUUCAGCAAAGUGGAAUGGGAGAAGAAAAGGAUGGAUAAAGCAAUUGGGUAUUCAUUUGCAAUCGUGGGCAUCAAUAUAACUGACCUGGCGUAUAAUCUGCUGGUGAGCGGAGCGCUAAAAACUCACUUCUACAACAUUGCCCCAGAAGCUCCAACCCUGUCUCAUUUCCAGCAGACAUUCUGCUAUUUGAUGCACGAGUUUCAUAAGUUUUGGAUUGAAGAGGACCCCAUGGACAUAAUGGAAUUCAAUCGUGUACGGGAGAAAUUCCGCAAGAGGAUCAUAAAACAGCUGCGGAACCCAGACAUGGCGUUGUGCCCACACUUUGCUGCCUCAGAAGGUUUAAUCAACAUGUAGUCACCCACGCUGGUUUUAACGGAUACCCCCAGAACACUGCCUCAUUGUCGUGUUAGAUCCCUGCUUAGGUCCCGGCUCAUACACUGAGUGCACACAGUGAUUGUAUGCAUGCCUUUUGGUACAGUAUUUUCAUCUCUUGGUCAUAACUACCAGAUCCCCAGAUACCACCGCUUCUGGAGUAUCUGUCAUCCAGUGACUGUUCAUAUUGUGGCAUAAUGCAGUGUUACAUUUGCCUUGACACCCAGGUAUGGAGAGAGUUUUCUAUUUUUUUAGAUUGUUUUCCUCCCCUCGUAAUUCAGCAUCGAAGAACUGUAUUUCUCUAGCUGUAUUUUGUAUGUAAGAGAUUCAGCGGACUCUUGUUCUGUGAAAGCCUUUUAAUUUAUUGAUAUGUUUCAUGACUACUGCUGCUAGCUCUUCAAGCCGGGUUCACACUUGGACCUCAUUCCACUAAAGUAUAUGACUUGCAAAUAACACAGACAGACAGACACAUGAUAAGCCAAACCAUUCCUGCAAACACAGCUGUGCUUCAUGACAAUGUAACGAGGCUUACAAGAAGCAGACUUAGGUAGGUGCGGAUGCAGCAUUGUACUGUAACUUAUCCCCAGUUGCAACUGUAUCCUACUCAUAUGGAUAUCAAAUUACUUUAUUCCCAUAAUUUUACUGGCUUGGAUGCCUAAAUAUGUUUAUGAUGCUUGGAGCCUCAGAAAAGAAGUAUGCAUACUUCAAAAGCUGCAAAAGAUUUCUCACUGCCUGCCUCUUGCUGAACUCAGUUACACCCUGGCCCUGUUCUGAUCCAAGUAUCUUUGCUUGGGGAACAGAGUGCUGACUGGUUUGUUUUCAAUAUUAAGAGGUUAUAUUAAAAAAAAAAACCAAUUUGCAAGAAAAUGUGUUGCAAGAGGGGGACCUAAACUGUGUCCUUCUGUAGUAUUUCUUGAAAAUAAUGACCUUGUCAUGUAUCCGUGAAAAAAGUAAAUUGCUUAGAAGGGCGGGGAGGAUCAGAUCAUUCCAAAACUGCUAAAGAUCAUUUGAAAAACCAUGAUUUAGUUUGGAAUUAUGAUUGUAGUCUGUUGAAUAGUAUUUACCAUGGCAUUUCAUACCCAUGGUAUUUUAUACCUUCUAUCGAUUUUAGUAUUAUUAGACGUUUGUGUAAUCACUUGCUUACUUAAAUGAAUUUUGAGUACUGCCUAACUGUUAGUUAUAUGAAUAAAUUACAUGUCAUUCUACUGUAA